AUGGCAGACAUGAUAUCGAACACGCAUGCUGGCUCCGUCGACCUCAAAGAUAACGCAAGAGCCCAUAUCGGAAAUGUCGUACACAUCCAUCAGGCAGAAGACCGGUGCCUUUCCGAUCUCAGAAAUACCGACCCCCGUCACGAUAAAGCUCGCAUAGAAGACACAAAAGGAGGUCUAUUUGAAGAUUCAUACCGUUGGAUCCUCGAGCAUAGCGAAUUUCGACAAUGGCGCGUCGACGAACAGAGCCGACUGCUCUGGAUAAAGGGCGAUCCCGGCAAGGGCAAGAUGAUGCUGCUCUGCGGUAUUGUGAACGAGUUAACCCCCCAAACGAGACUAAAGGACAAGGAAGCCAACACAGUGCUGUCCUACUUCUUCUGCCAGGCCUCCGAUGAGCGCAUUAACAGCGCCACAGCUGUGCUGCGAGGUCUCAUCUACAUGAUUGUGGAACAACAACCGGCGCUCGUCUCUCAUAUACAAAAACAAAAUCUUCUUAGAUAUCUUAGAAGAUGCAAGCCUAGAGCGGACUUUUGUGAUCAUUGA